UGAAACAUCACCAAAGCCUCCUCUGCGUGAACCAAACAGGGGAGGGACGCAGCCUGCCGCUUACCUGGCUUCUAUUAACCUGUUAUUAAUAAACCAGGCAGAUCACGUGGUCGGCCACGCCGAGAACACCAGCCAUUGUUUUCAACAACUAGAGGUGAUUUCUCUGCGCACAUCACCGUGAAGGAUGCUGCUGAUCCCGGUGCUGUGAGGCUCUCUCUCUCUCUGUGUGUGUGUGUGUCUGUUUACAGAGCUCCUCCUCUAUCGUCAGCGAGUGGUCACAUUUUUUUUUUUUUUUGGCUCAAUGAGAGCAAGAGGGCACCGGAGAGGAUUUCCUAAUCUCAACGUGCAGCCGAGCCGUGCGCCUGUUUUUCUCUCCCCUGUGUCAAAGUGAAGGCUGAUAUGAUGACAUGCUUUGGAAAACUGGAUCCCAGACAGCACCGAAAACCUUCUCAUCUUAUUUGAAUCUGAGGGAAAUACAAUGUUUAGCUCCCCAAAGUUCCCAACCACCUGUUAAGAGCGAGGACACUGAGAGCUGCACCAUCAUGGCUUCAGAUCAGCCCAGCAUGGACUGUACGAAGAAAAGAUCUGCAGAAGGUGCUGGCUGCAAGCAGCUGGGACGGAGAUAUUUGCGGAAAAAGCUCCGGCCUGUUCGGGUUUUGGGGUUGGUCUUCAGCCUGGUGGCUUUAAGUGCCGUCUCCAUCAGUGCCUUGAGCCGGAGUUCAGAUGGGCUCAGCGAGCCAUCGCUCCCCCAGGUGGAUCUUCAGCAGUCAGCCCCACACAGGACCCUACUUUUCACCCCACAUCAGGGGGACCCAAAUGUGUCCGUUGACAUGCCCAUAGCCAUGAAGUCCACAGCAGAUGACAAUGAGACACAGGGGGAGUACCCACAGGACCUUUUUAGCCUGGAGGAGAGGCGACAAGGAGCAGUGGUCCUCCAUAUGUUUGGCAUGAUCUACAUGUUCAUUGCCUUAGCCAUCGUGUGUGACGAGUUUUUUGUUCCAGCACUGACGGUAAUCACAGAGAAGCUCACCAUCUCAGACGACGUGGCAGGUGCCACCUUCAUGGCGGCUGGCGGUUCGGCCCCAGAGCUCUUCACCUCCAUCAUUGGAGUCUUCAUCUCUCACAGCAACGUGGGCAUCGGCACCAUUGUAGGCUCGGCCGUCUUUAACAUCCUCUUUGUCAUCGGGAUGUGCGCCAUCUUCUCCAAGGAGAUCCUCAACCUGACAUGGUGGCCGCUCUUCCGCGACGUGUCUUUCUACAUCCUGGAUCUGAUCAUGCUCAUCAUCUUCUUCUUGGAUAACAUCAUCACCAUCUGGGAAAGUGUCACACUGCUCUCUGCCUACGCUGCCUAUGUGAUCUUUAUGAAGUUCAACAGCACGGUUGAGGGCUUUGUCAAGGGUUGCAUGCACAAGAACCAAGUGGUGGAAGUAGAGGUACAACCCAAGGAUGAGAAGUUGAGCCCCGGGGCGCCAGACGACGAUGGCAAGUUGUCGGCCAGGCCUCGCCUGCAAAGGGGAGGCAGCUCUGCUUCUCUGCACAACAGUUUGAUGAGAAACAGCAUUUUCCAACUGAUGAUUCACACACUGGACCCUUUAAGUGAAGAAUUUGCUGACUCUGAGCUUGGGACUUAUGGGAAACUAAAAUAUUAUCACUCAAUGACUGAGGAAGGUAAAUUUCGUGAGAAGGCAUCUAUCCUUCACAAGAUCGCUAAAAAGAAAUGCCAAGUGGAGGACAGCGAGAAGGCCAAUGGAGUAGCAAGCCGUGCAGAAAAAAAUCUUCCAAACAGCUCCAGCGUGGAAGUGGAGGUGACCCCACCUAUGAACGGAACAGCAGGGCAAGAGGGAGAGACGGCUGAAGAUGAGGAAGAGGAGGACCAGCCUCUGAGCCUGUCCUGGCCCGAAUCCAAUCGCAAGCGCUUCACCUACCUCUUUAUCAUGCCCAUCGUCCUCCCCCUGUGGCUGACUCUUCCUGACGUCAGGAAAACGUCGUCAAAAAAGUUCUUCCCUGUUACAUUCCUGGGGGCCAUCUGCUGGAUUGCAGGAUUCUCCUAUCUAAUGGUGUGGUGGGCUCACCAGGUUGGCGAGACCAUUGGGAUUACAGAGGAGAUUAUGGGUCUGACUAUAUUAGCAGCUGGAACCUCUAUCCCUGACCUCAUCACCAGUGUCAUUGUGGCACGCAAGGGGCUGGGCGAUAUGGCUGUAUCCAGCUCUGUGGGCUCCAACAUCUUCGACAUCACUGUUGGACUGCCGUUUCCCUGGCUACUGUGGUCCAUGUUCCGCGGCUUCAUCCCGGUGCAGGUCAGCUCCAACGGCCUCUUCUGCGCCAUCGUGCUCCUCUUCCUCAUGCUCCUCUUCGUCAUCAUCUCCAUCGCUGCGUGCAAGUGGCGAAUGAGCAAGCUUUUGGGCUUCAUCAUGUUCAUGCUGUACUUCGUCUUCCUGGUUGUCAGCGUCAUGCUGGAGGACAGGGUGAUCAGCUGCCCCGUGUCCGUCUGAUAGGCCCGCCGGGGAGCUGCCCUCUCCUCACCCACCUCGUCACCAUCCAACAACCAUCCAUACAGCCUGCCGUCGAUCUCACCUGACCCUCAUAAUCCUUUACACCACAAGAGCCACGUGAGGAGUAAAGAAAAACGGGACGAAACAUGGAAUCUGCAAACAAUUUUGGCCCACAGGGAGGGGUGGAGGAGGGAGUGUGAUGAGGUUUUAUCUAGAAAAGAUUUUGUGGAUAAUCUUUUUGAGGAGGGGCGCGAGCCAAGCAAAAGGUAUUAUGCAUGCAAUUGGGCUCACUGGAGGAACUGGAUUCAAGUCGUCGCCUGACAGGUUGGAGUAGCAGCAUGUUCACAUUUUUAACAGCAAAAACGCCACGACUUGAGCAGCAACUGUGAGCACAUUUGAACGGACAAGCUCGCUCAGCAGGCCGAAACAAAUGUUGGAUGCAGAUGAAUUUAUUUAUGAGGACAUGGCAGACUCUGCGGAUGAGUGUUUCGCUCCAAAGCCGAUGGUAUCGAGACUCUCGUGUGAGAUUUCUGCAGACAAACUUUUCCUCCUUUUUUGUUCUUUUCUUUUUCUUUUUUUUUGCGGAUCCAUCUGUGCUCGGUCUUUAUGACACGUUUCAGCCUUCAUCCUGUCCUGCCAAUUGUCGUCGACACAUUUCCACUGAGCUUUUUUUUUUUUUUGGCUCCAUAGAAGUAGCAGUAGGUUUACAGUAACAGUAUUAUUCGACGUGAAGCCAUCUUAACAGUCUGCUUCUCUUCUUCUCUCGCUGAUUGUACAGAAUCCUCCAUGCUUCACAUGUACCGAUUAAAAAAAAAGUUUAAAAAAAGCCUGACUGAGGUGUAGAGACUAGCCUUCAAAUAUCUCACACAGUUUGGAAGAAAUGCAUGAGUACAUAGGCUCAAUACACUUAAAUACCUAAAUACCUAGAAGUACCACAUCAAAAAGAUGUUUACCAUGUUUAAGCAUCAUGGUUGGCUUAGAUUAGUCAAUGUGUAGUGCUUUGUUCACCAUAAAACUUGCCUCAAGUCACCUAAUCAAACCGUUUGAGGUACAAGUAACAAGGCAUAAACUGCAUGGGGAAAAAAAAACACCCUUCAGGGUGAGAAAAUAACUAACAUUAAGAAAGUUGUAUACAAAAAAAAACGUACUUUUGUUUUUAACUACUUUUUUGCAAAUCAAGACUCAAUCUCUAUGUAUGGUCAACGAUAUCUAUCAAGCUGUCUAUCAAACCAUUUUCUCUCUAAUCAAAGGUGCUUUUGUGUGCAUGUGUGCAAAUGUGCAUUUGGAGUCACCACACUGAAAUUUACUCACCUAUAGAGGCAUUUUGCAUAAUGUACUCACACCGAUUUGUCUCUCUUUCAGCUACGUAGAAUGUGGAAAACUCACAGACUUUAUAGCAAUAUACCACAUGUCGUCUUUGAGAGUGUAAUCGCUCCAUGCAUGUUUUGCUAAUUUGGGAUUUUCUUAUCAGACGCCAUCAAUGGAAGAUGAGCAACAAUAAGCGGUACACUGAUUUUCGUUUUAAAAUGUGACAUAUUAAAUUGGAAAAGACUCGUCUUUUUUUUCCUUCUUCUUUUUUGGGCUCAAAAACAGAUGAGAGGAAAUCAAUAUGUUUGCUUGAUUUUACUGAAUAACAAUGCAUAAAAUUGUAGUUAAAAAUAAAUGUUGACACUUCCACUUGAGGUAGUAGCAUAAUUUUAGAUGUGUUUAUUUUCUUCCUUUUUAUAUCUGUUUAGUUGUGGAAACAACACAUGGGACACCAUUGGGGUGUGCAGAGGAAACAGCACCUCCUACAGUCACAGGAUCACAAAAAACAGAUGCUAUUAGUGGCUAAAUCUAAUUUCACCACUUGUAGCUCCUUCUUAGGACCUCUCAUUUGUUUGCAUGGAGUAAGGCGAGGAUUAGGUAUUAAAAAAUUGGCUACAGUAUAUAAAAAACAAAAAAUAUAUAUAUUUUUCAAUGUAAAUUAUUUUACCAUCACAACAACCACUGUUUUAAAUAUAGUGCUACAAGAAUAAUGACACACAAACAACACAAAUGUCUAGUUCAUUGAUUUCUCAUGUGUUACCAAACUGGAAAUCCAGUUUUAUUAUAAUGAAUUAUACCUGCAGUCAGAUAAUCAUCAGUAUACUUCACGUAUACAAGAUUUGUGUUGUUAAAGUUUGCAAUGUUAGAAUAAGCUAUGCACCACAUAGAUUUUUUUUAAUGUUAUAAACACAUUUAAAAUGCAUUGUAGCAGAUUUAUUUUAAAUUUUUUUAUUCCUUAACUAGGAUUAAAAAAAAAUAGUGAAUUCAGACACAAGAUUAUCUGUUGUACACAUAAAGGCCUCUUAAAUAAUGUACCGUUAAGCCCAGAAUUAUUCAUGCCCCUGUAAUAUUUACGUCAAAGUAAUCUUUUAUUUUGACCAACUUAAAAAAUAGCUUCAACCUCGUAGACUACCAGAGCUCAACGCCAAAGAUAAAUUGACUAAAUCCCAGAGGAAAAAAGCUGAUCAGCAGUUAUAAUAAGGAGUUCCUACUGAUUAUUGUAACGGGUAUAAACAUUGGAUACCUGCCACUUCUAUAAUAUGAAAAUAAAAACGUUUUCUGAAAACGACAGCUCUUGAUAAUGAUUUUUUAAACAUUUAGAAGAUUCACCCAGUCACACAAACAUACACUCUUUCAUACACCAUCACACACAUCAGUAGGAAACUUGGGGUUAAGUGCCUUGCCCAGGGGCACAUCGACAUGCGAUGGGGACAAGCUGGAAUCCAACCCACAAAUUUCUGAUAGCCAAGUUGAUGACUCUACCCACUGAGCACCAGUCACUUUCAUUUCUCUGCUAGAUGAUUUUCUUUUAAUCAUUUUAAAUGUGAAAAAUUACUUUAAUUUUGACCACAAAACCAAGGAAUUUUGGCUCAUAUUUCAGAUUUACAUUUAGUGUUUUCAAGCAAAAAUCAAGUAAUGGCCGCUUUUUGUUCUUCAUUGCUGGUGUCCGAUGAGAGCGUCGAUUAUCAGAACAUGCUUGGAGACUAAUCCCUCCCAUUCGUCUGUCCCUCUCUGUCCUCCCUACCCGCAGGAGGUAAAGUGGGCAACCAGUUCUCCUCCUCCCCGCGCCUUUUACCUCAGCCUCUGCACAGCCGCGUCGUAGGAGUUAACUGUAAAAUAGUAGUAUGUAUAGAUUCACCGAAUGUGUGAGGAAGCAUGCAUGCGAGGAACCCUGGCUGGUCACCCCAGCGCAGCUUAUUACCACCAAAUUUUAUGCAUUUGUUUGCAGAGGAACAUUAAGAAAUUCAAUGCUUUUUCUUUUUUCUUUUGUAAAUAACUUUUUUCUUUCCUUUUUUAAAAAACAAAACAAAACAAAACAAAAAAAGUUGCACACAUACAUUUAACUCACUACUUUUGCUUUGAUGUUCUGGAAGCUAUGAGGAAUGUUGCAGGGAACCCUUUAGUAGCACCACUGAGAGAAAGCAAACACCGAACUCGCAUAAACAAACAGUAAACAUGCCCAUUCUGGUUCUGUUAAGGAAAAGAGGGCUCUAAAGACCACAUUGCCUCCUCUAAUUCAACUAAUUUACACUGCCACUCUAUUUUUAUUUCAUUUUAUUUUUUUAGUAUAUGCACAAUACAAAUCUAAAUCAUAACAAUAGAUAUUGUAAGCCAUUCUUUCACCAUUCAGUUCGGAAGAGUCAAUUUACAGUAUGGUCUCGGCAGUGACUCGUGUGCUUUUGUGCACAUUUUCCAUGAAAAGCCUCCGUCAGCGCCCACACACACCGUUUGAUCCGAUCUCACUUCAGAUUCUUUUCACACCCCUUCUUCAAAGGAACCCUUUAGGAAAUAUCAGAUUUUUUUACGUGCUCUUGCUGAGACUUUGCGCACAGUAGAAAUAGGGUCUGCUUGGCAGGAAAUGCUGAAAAAUGUGGGGGAAAUGAAUCCAGCGGACAUCUCCUUCCGUUUGUCUUCGCUUUAACUCUUAGAGUAAGUCUCACUUUCAAAGUAGAAUGAAAACCAAUGUGGAUAUUACCCAAGGUAUCUCACUGCAACCUGUUCUGAUGAGACAUUUGAAUGUAACAACAGGUAAGAUUUUCCAAAGCACGUCAAGAUGAUUUUCACAUUUUAUUUUUUUAGCGGAUGAAGAGAAAAAAAAAAAUUAUCUAUCACAUGAGCUUUGAAUUGAUUCUGGUUCAAAAGGGUAAGCGACCUCGAAAGUUAGCAACCAACGAGCAUUCUUGCACUUGUAAAAUGUUUUAUUUUCUUGGUGUUGAUCUCAAAUGUAUUUAACAUGUACAUAUGCUGUAAACGGAAACAAAUUAUCCAUAUAAUCUAUAUGUGUACAAGAAAUAUGUCUCUUUAUGUAAAAAAACACAAAGUAUAAUAUAAUGAAAACAAAUAAAUAUGCUAAUUCAAAUA